GGAGCUGCUUAGGGAGGUGCUUGCGUUGCGCGUGCAGCUUCUCGGUCAGCUCCGAAGAACAACAUCGGCGACAAAAUACCCGAGUCUAGUCCACGAACGAGAGCAAGUGGGACAGAGAAACCACCACGAAAACCGCAGGAGAGUGGUGAUGCAUCAUGUGGCUUGACCGGUUUGCUGGGCCGCACCCCGGAAAUACCCCGUCGCCGCCCAACAGCCAGAGCCGCACCCAGUCGCCGCUACCUCGCCGGACAUCGAGUGCGCGGGGCCCCUAUCUCACGUCGCAGAGACCGGGACUCUCGCCGAGGGGGUCUUCGUUGUCACUGGCCUCGAACGAUUCUUCGUCCUCGCUACUUGGCGCGUCAAAGCGGAGCAAUGGCUCGACCCUGAAACAGUCCACGACGGCGGACAACGCACCCGACCCGGAGACGAUACUCGCCAGCAUCCUUGGUCCUCUCCCCGAUAAUAAUACCCCUUUCCUAGAAGAAGACCGGGGCGGGCGGAUCACAGAGGAUGAUUUGGAGUUGGAUUUUGAUUUUGGUGGCCUCUCCCUGCGCGACCUCGCCGAGGGGGGCGGCGGUCGGGCGGCCGCUGACACCGACAGAUCGCAGACUGUAGAAGACUGUAGGUCGCCCCGAGUCAGUGCGGCUUUCUCUUCCUGUACUCAUAGAUUCAAUAUAGUUGGGCGAGACAAGGCCAAGUUUGAAGAUCUCCAUCGAUCCAUUCGAGCAUGUGACGACAUCCUGAGCUCGGUCGAAUCCAACCUGACCAGCUUCCGCAACGACCUGGCUGCCGUGUCCGCCGAUAUUGAGAGUCUACAGGCCCGGUCGACGGCCUUGAAUGUAAGAUUAGAGAAUAGGAAGGCCGUGGAGAAGGCGUUGGCCCCGGUCGUGGAGGAGUUGAGCGUGUCACCCACGUUCGUGUCCAAGAUCUCGGAAGGCCACAUCGACGAGGCCUGGGUCAAGAUCCUAGCCGAUCUAGAUAAGAGAGCAACGGCUCAGAAGAAGAGCGCUCAGCAGACACCAAGCAAGGCCCUAGCUGAUGUAGGGCCAUUGCUAGAGAAGCUAGUCCUCAAGGCCGUCGAGCGAAUACGGGAUUUCCUCGUGGCCCAAAUCAAGGCCCUAAGGUCGCCCAAUAUCAAUGCUCAGAUAAUUCAACAACAGAAUUUCCUCAAGUUCAAGGAUCUCUUUACCUUUCUCCACCGGCACCAACCCGUCCUCGCGGGGGAGAUUUGCCAGGCCUAUCUCAACACCAUGCGCUGGUACUACCUGAACCAGUUCACACGUUACCAAAAAGCGCUGGAGAAGCUCAAGCUUCACAUCCUCGACAAGAACGACGUGCUUGGCCACGAGGACACGUCAAGAAGGACCACUGUCCUCUCAGGGUCGAAGAUCGCUGGUGCACCACACGACGCAUUCAAUCUGGGCAGGAGAAUAGAGGUCCUAAAAACCACGAACCAACUCGCCAUAUCCUCCUAUCUCGCCGAAGAAGACCAAUCGACCCAUUAUCUGGAAGUCCCCUUCCGGCACUUCAACAUCGCCCUCAUCGACAACGCCACAGCCGAGUACACCUUUCUGGCGGCCUUCUUCAGCCCGUCCCUCUCCUUCGCCGCCAUCUCGCGGCACUUCAACUACAUCUUCGACCCGGCCUUCGCCCUGGGCCAGGCCCUCACCCGGCAGCUCGUCGCCGACACGUACGACGGGCUCGGCGUGCUGCUGUGCGUGCGCCUCAACCAGCACUCCGCCUUCGAGCUGCAGCGCCGCCGCGUUCCCGCCGCCGACGGCUACAUCAACGGCACCUCCAUGACCCUGUGGCCCCGCCUGCAGGGCAUCAUGGACGCCCACUGCGAGUCGGUGCGGGCGCUGACGGCCGCUCUGCCGACGCGCGCGCCGUCGGCGGCGACCGUGAAGACGGCGUCUGCCGCGCCGCAUGUAGUCACGCAGCGGUUCGGCCAGCUGCUGCACGGGGUGUUGGCGCUGAGCGCGGACGCCGGGGGAGAUGAUGAGCCGGUCGUGGCGAGCCUGCGCCGGCUGCGCAAUGACGUCGAGGCGUUUCUGACCAAGGCGAGCCAGGCGUCGUUUGGAACGGACAAGCGGAAGCGGGAGCGGUUUUUGUAUAAUAAUUAUAGCUUGGUUCUGACAAUCAUUAGCGAUGUCAGCGGGAAGCUGGCGGACGGGGAGCAGGAGCAUUUUGAGGCGUUGAAGACGAGCUUUCAGGAGGCUGGAUAGGUUGUUGAGGCAGGGUUAGCCCAGGCGUUGGUCUGAUUAUGUCGCCGUUUCUUUUGGUUUUUGGAGGCUAGGGUCCAGGUGGAAAGAUAGAGUAAAAGCCAUGUUGACGUGUCACGGCGAGCGACCCAUCCUGAUGGAUGCUCGGUGUUAAAUGUAGUCAGUCCUAGUUUUAUACACGCCGACCCCUACCCAUGACUACUUGCCCUAGUGCCAGUUCUACCAUGUAUG